AUGACGACCGAGGACACUACCGUUCUUCUGUCUACCACGUCCGCCGGCUCCUGCGAACCGGCGGAUCUGGACAUGAGCGAGAGUGAUUCCGACGACGAUGAGCUUCGUCUGACAAUCACCGAUACGGAGAGCGUGACCAUGGAGCGGGAGGAAACAUCGCCGCCUGCCAUCACUCUUCUCGGGACGCCUAAAGACUCCCCGGGCUCCGUCAUAUCCAGCCAUAAAUGUCAAGUCUGCGGAGAAUCCGCUCCCUCCGCGCACGGCUUGUCAAUGCACCUACGCAGGGUACACGAUGUCAUCUCAUGCACCAGCUCGCAGCUCAAUCCGGCCCAGCACACAUGUCGGCUGUGCGGAAAAGGGCUCAGUUCGGCCAGUAGUCUGGACCGCCACAUGCUCGUGCAUUCGGGCGAACGGCCCUUCAAGUGCAAGAUCUGCGGGAUGGCUUUCACCACAAAUGGCAACAUGCAUCGUCACAUGCGAACGCACAGCGGUGCUCCCUUGAUCGCUCCGCUGCUGCAGAUGCAGAGCCAGCUGCUCCAACUAGAGAACACCCGGAACCGCAAGAGUCCAGCCCCGCCGUCCAUCGUGUCCCCGUUCGCGCCGCAGGAUUUCAGGUGUUUGAUCUGCGGUCGACUUUUUCUCAGUAAAUCAGCCCUGGAGAAGCACGCUGUCAACGUGCACGACGACUCUGCGGUUUCGUGUCCGAAAUGCUUCGCCCUCUGCUCCCAGUACUCAAGCCUGAUCGACGGCCUGCACACCUGCAUCGAGCCCAAUUCUUCCGGUAGCUCGAGCUCGACCAACUUCGAUGAUCUCGACCAUCUGGAAUUUUCCGCUACGAAAUACAAUUUGAUAGCGGCGGUCGAGUGCGACCGCCGUCCGAGGAGGUGUCCCUCGGUCCGGGGUUACGACUGCGAGCGCUGUCUCCGCUCGUUCCCGUCUCGCGAAGCUCUGGCCAUACAUCGGAAUCGUCACGAAGACAGUCAGGUGUUCUGCGUCGUGUGCAAUACGUCGUAUGGGAGCUGCGGUGAUCUCCAGCGACACCAGAGCGAGGUGCACAAAGAGCUCGUCGACGACAAGACCCGAUUGAUGUCGGCGUUGCAGCUGCAGGCCAACUGCAGUUCGCCGCGCCACGAUCUCAGCGACGUUCAAACGCUUCUGAGUUUGGCCACGAGCGGGACAGCGCAGUGCCCGCCGGCCGACGCAAUAAACUCGGAAAACUCUUGCGAUUCUGUCUCUGAUUCGCUGUUGCUCGGCUACUCCGGUGACUCGAGCGAGCAAGACAGCGUUUGUCAUAUGUGCGGUAUGGCUUUCAAAAAUCUCCAUCGACUCAAACGGCAUCUGCAGCUGCACGUAAACGCUCCGUUCGCGUGCACACUCUGUUCGUACGUGAGCACGGAUAAGAGUACCCUCGUCCGUCACCUACGAACUCACAACGGUGAGCGACCAUUCCAAUGCGCGAUCUGCAAGUACGCCUUCACAACGAAAGCCAACUGCGAACGGCAUGUUCGGAAGCGGCACAACAAGCAGACGAAGUCGGAAAUUCGGUCGGCAAUGCAAUACAAUCCCCACAUGCAAAGCCAACGGUUAUCCCCAACGUUCUCUGCGCAGCACGACUCGGGCAGUACGGUUUGUAAGUACUGCAACAAAGACUUCAAAUUCAAUCGUGUCUUACGUCACCACCUGCGUUCCCUGAACAACAGUUGCAGCAGGAAGCCCUUCUCGUGCGUCGUGUGCAAACUGGGCUUCUCCACGAAGAAUAAUUGUAUUCGGCACGUCCUGAAACAACAUCCAGAUUAUCGUCACCGACUCGCGGAAGCCGUAAGCUCAAAACCACUGCCCUCGGACGGGAUCCAGGACCCUCCGAUCCCCUUAACCUUCAAUAACGACACGGAGCCGCUCAGCGAUUCUACGAUGAAGGAUGAUUUUGACGAAGACGUCGAGGAAGUCGCCGAAACUAAGCUUUUCGCUCCGACUCCUGAGCCAGCCCUGCUGAAAUCCGGAACCGUAAUUCUGGGUCCGAUAAAAGGGAUUUUGGGACCUUUCCACCAUAUAACAGUCUCUCCGAUUAAAGUUGAUGUGACGUCACAGCCGACGGUGCACUUGCGCACCGUCGUUCCGGGCGCUCUCUCGCUGGAAUCGAGUCGGAAAAUCGCGAUUGAUUCGCCGAUUUCGCUUCCAAAAGAAACCAAAGUGACCGUCAUUCCGGCAGCUCAUCAGAAAGUCAAAGAAAAUCAUCCUGGGAAGCUUGCUCUCCCUCCGCAGGACGAACCCCUGGACCUCGCCGUGCACGCCCUUGAUCUCAGCCGCAAAGAGGAAUCCGGCCACGACUUGAGAUCUCUCCCGGUGAAGAACAACUACAUCGACGUGAUCCUGACCGCAGCUAAAUACGUCCCAGAAGCCACAGUGCCUUCCGCUGGAGCUUCCCCGCUUCCGACAAAAGUUCCGCCUGUUUCCCAUCCCGUCGCAGCUUCCCCUAAAGCGGCGCUUGUCCCCCAGGCCGAAAACCUGAAGAAGGAUCCAAGUCCGCCCAUUACGAAGACAUUCCUUCUCUCCGAUAAGACUCGGAGCGCUCUGAAGAUUCUAGUCAAUGCGAAGAAAUCCGAAGAGAAACCAUUCGAAGAGGCGGAGCCUCACGAUCUGGCGUCCGUUUCUGAUCUCCUAGACGCCGCAAACUCACAUCUCAUGCUCGAGGAGAUGCUGGGCGAUAAUAGCAAGGACUCGAACAACGUUCCGGGCAACGAGAACCCGAAGCACAGCAAUUCGACCUUGAAGAAGGUCGAUACUAAGGUCCGAGGUCUUUCCGAGGUGCGGGCGAGCAGCAGAAAAGAAGCUCCAAACUCGGUGGCGUGCGAGCACUGCCGUCGAAAAUUCCCAUGGUCGAGCUCAUUGCGCAGACACAUGUUGACGCACAGCGGGCAGAAACCCUACAAGUGCCCGCACUGCCCGAUCCGUUUCACGACAAAGUCCAACUGUGAACGACAUCUGAUCCGGAAACACGAGAAAAGCUCCGCGUCUCUGAGCAAAUCCUCCCUGAAAUGGAACGAGCCUGAGGAGAAAGCCUCGGUUCGCGUAAAUUGCGUCUGUUGUUCGCGCUCGUUCGCCAACGAAACUUCGCUGAAGGAUCAUCAAAGUCAUCAGUCGGAAAAGCCGUUCCGCUGCGUCCUAUGCUGUCGACUGUUCGCCGAAGCGACCGAAUGCGCUCAGCACGCUGAAACCGAACACGAUCUGCGUGUCCAACCGGAGAAGUCCGAUCCGAAUUCAUGUUCCCAUCUCGAGGGUCAAGUGUGUUUCGUUUGUUACCAGAGGCUCGAAGACGCUGUCGCAUUGAGAAUGCACUUCAAAACGAGCCACGGACUCGAUGGGAACAACAAUACCAGGAACAGUUCGGCCGGCAGCCCCCUGUCCACUUCACCGAAAAGCGGCACCAAAGGCACCUUGGUCACGGACGACGACGACGACUCGACUCGAACCGACGGAAUUCACUCGGAAAAUCGACGAAUCGCCGUGAGCGCCUCUUGA